AUGAAUCACUUCCCCGAAAAUGCCGUCGCCGGUCCCUCAACAGCCCGAACCCCGCCUCGUUCACUAGAAGCCCCCAUCACCUCAUCAACUCAAUCCCCACAAGCGCUACAUCCACUUGUUUUCUUGCCCCCUCCAGCGCCAAUACCGCCAACCUUCUCACAUUUACGAUGCACCCAGGAUUUGCUGGGUCGAUUUCAACUACAUUCCGCUUACGACAAAUACGUCCGCGCAUUCGCCGCACCUCACGACACGGCCUCGGAUGCGCUGAAUUCUGCCCCGGGAGGCGCGUUGGAUAAGGGUAAAGGGAGGGAACGUGAUCCACUCGCCACAACCCCCGCAACGGGCGCAACUCCAGGCCCAGAUGCCCACGACGGAGACGACGACGAUGCAGGAGCUGGCAAAGGGGACAAGAAGAAGAAGAAUAACUAUAAACAUCUGAUAAAAGACAUUCCUGGCAAACAUUCAAUGAAGAAGGAUGACUAUCUAUCGACAAUGAUACAAAUACCCCCAAAACAGCACAUUCGCAUAGCGCCCUUUGAUCAGCGGACGCAGAGAGAUGCGUUUACUGUGAGCUUGGAGGGUCUCAAAGGCUGGAAUCCUAGCGCGCUGAUACAAGAGUCGGCGCAAGCCAGGGAAGAUCGCAAGAAGCGGAAGGAGCUCAAGAGACUGGCAAAAGCACAUCUUGGAGUUCCACCUGGUGCAUCCUCAGUCUCCGCCCUUCCCUCUACGCCUACCAUUCCAUCUUCACAGCCUCAACAACAAAUACCAUUAUCUACACCAAUACCGACUAAUCCUGCCACGACGCUACCCCCAGCGAAGCACUCGAUACCCUCGACCACGUCUCGCCCUAUCACCGCUUCAUCUACGCCCCGACCCGGAUCAGCCGUACCGCGCCCGGGAAGCGCACGUCCUUCGCAACAACCCCAAAGAGUAAACACUUCGACACCGGUAAGUGCAGCGCAGCCGAGCGGCGGAGUAAAUGGGUUUUCGUCGGGGCAAGGGACUAAUGGAAGUGGAACACAGGCGAGGGGUGUAAAGAGGGAGAGGGAAGACGUAGCCGGGACUGGAGCGCAGAAUAGAAAUGGGAUCGGCGUUAACGGUACCGAGGGUGUCAAUGGUGUUGGGGGAGGUCAUGGGGUGAAUGGAGGUGGACCAGGGGCAAAUCCGUACAUCGAUUCUGGAAAUCCUUCGAAAGUGAUCAUGGCUGCAAAAGCUGGCGCGGCAGGUGUUCGUCCUCGACCCAUCAAAAGGCAGCGGAUGGUUAGUCACGAUACCGGGUUUCCGGCCGUCGCUUCAUCCGAUGGGAGUUGUGUGCUAAUGCUGUUUACUCGUAUUCAGGACGUCCAAGGACAGGCCAUGGAUGUGACCGCUGUACAACAGCAGCCCACGCCUCAAGGCGUUUAA